AUGGUUGUGGAUCAGUGGUGGGUUGGUGUGGUGGUCGCUGGCGUUGUCAUAGGCAUCUCCGUCUUGUCGUUCAUAGUGACAAAGCUCCGUGCCCCAGGCUUCAAAGUAAAGGGCAAACACGUGUUUAUCACCGGCGGGAGCUCCGGCUUGGGACUGGCAUUAGCCAAAAAGUAUGCGCGUCAGGGAGCCAAGGUGUCUAUUGUAGCACGUGGCUUGGACAAGCUUGAGGAAUCCAAAAAGGAGAUUGAAGGCAGUCGCAAGAACACUGACGCUGACGUAUUUAUUCAAUCAUGCGACGUAUCGGACUUUGCCAGCGUCCAGAAAGCGGUUGACGCUGCUAACGAGUUUCAUGGUCGUGCUACGGAUCAUGUGGUGUGCUCUGCGGGUUUUGCUGCCCCUGGCUACUUUUUGGAUCAGGAUGUGAGUCUGUUCAAGAAGAGUAUGGACGUCAACUACUUUGGAACGUUGCACACCAUCAAAGCGGCAUUGCCGGCUAUGGUGGAAUGCUCAGAAGAAAGGGGACAAGAUGGUCAUAUUGUCCUCGUGAGCUCUGGACUUGGACUCAUCUCGUGGAUUGGCUACGCUCAAUACGCUGCUUCCAAGUAUGCGCUGCGUGGACUGGCCGAAUCAUUGCGAAACGAGCUCAAGUUAUAUGGGAUUCGUGUGAGCAUCUUCUAUCCGGGUAAUAUUGACACACCUGGAUAUGUGGAGGAGAACCGCACUAAACCUCCUGAGACGAAGACCAUAGAGGGUGUGAGCGAGCUCGUGCAUCCGGACAAGGUCGCGCAGUCUCUGAUCAAUGGUGUGAGCGAUGGUCAAUUCAGCAUCACGAACGAUCCAAUGAUCUUCAUCUUGCGUGUUCUGGCUAAUGGUGUUGCGCCGCGCUACAACACAAUGAUGGAGACCAUCAUGCUGAUACUGCUCAUUCCUAUUCAGGUGGGUUUCGGUUUCUUCAUGGAUUUUGUCGUGCGGCAGACCAAGCAUGCCCGGAGAACUAGCCCAACGACGGGUGAGACACCAAAUGAGGUGUCGUACUCGUCCAUGGCUUGCUCUCCCAUUGCGUUGCGAAAGGGAGAGGACAAAAAUUAG